GUAAUGACACCCGAUAAAAUCAAAUAAUUUGAUAGUUACCAUGUAUUUAUGGUAAAUUUUAAGAGUUGGUUUUACUACGACUAGGCAAAAAGGGGGGACACCGCAUGUGAUGGUUACUAUGUGGCUACAAAGGUUUUCACCAUGAGCAGUGAAGCAUUAAAGCGUGAGACAGUUGGUACACAGUUCUAUUACCAAUGGAAUGUAUAUACUUUGUCGUUUGAGUAGCGGAAUAUAACGUACUAAGAGGAGGCAACGGGAUAUUCAAGCUGGAUAGUUUAUAGUGAACAAAUACGAGAAUGCUCGUUGACAACGUUAUUAUUAUAUCAUUUAUUGUUGGUUGCCUGGCAUUCUUUCUCCUGGUUGCAAUUUUCGUGGCUAUUUUCCACCGUGAGUUGGGGACGAAACAUUUGCGGGAGAAACUUGCCGACGGUGAUGUUUCAGAGACACAGAGGUUGACGCCCAUGCCGGCGGAAGAAGCACAAGUCGAAUACACCACAGAAACAAUCCAACCUGAGUGCAAGACUCCCAUCAGCGGAUAUCCACAUGCACAGGAGGAAGAGUCGGCGGAUUUUAUGACUGAUCCUGAUGUAACUCCAACACUAAGCAUUCUACUACGCUAUGACCGUCAAAGAAACUAUCUGUUGCUGAAGCUUUUGAGCAUGUUUGAUCUUCCUACCCGCAAUGACAACACUGAGGUUAAUUCGUUCCUUGAAAUUCGUCUUCUCCCUAACUUCGGCCAAAAUCCAAUCCAAACGGAUGUCUACUGCAACACAAGUUCACCGAAACUGGAGGAAACGUUUGAAUUCGAAGUAGAUCGAGAUGAAUUAGCUCAGCAAAAACUUGAAAUUGUUGUCAUGGAUUCCAGGGAAUACUCAAAUAGGUACAUCGGUUUCGCCAUGUGUAAGAUUGGAGAUUUGAAUCAGAAUGACUUGAUGGCAGAGAAGGAGGUUCAUUCCGUAUUGAAUAUUGGUAAACCAAGAAUUCAAAAAAGUUCUUCUACAACGAGCAUGAGUAGCAUGGUUGACAGUGGAGAUGAAAUGCCUUCUAUUUAUGAUGGAUCGAGCGGUGUAGAGGGCGAGCCAGAAAAAAAAUCAAGGGGAACCGUUCGUUUGGCAAAGGAUUGGGAAUAUGUAGCUGGCAUGGAACCAAUGAUACUAGUGUCACUGCAUUAUGAUAAAACUAAACAAAAUCUUGUGUUGGCAAUUAUUAAAGUUGCAAAUCUCAAGGCUCUCCCCAAUGAUAAGAUGCCAGAUCCGUACGUGAAAGUUCAUAUUCUGAUUCGAAACAAAACUAAAUUGAAAAAGAAGACGGCCGUAAUGAAGCAAGAGCUGAAUCCAGUUUACAACCAAAAACUGGAGUUUCAUGUGUUAGCUAAGGAUCUAGAGAGUGUCAAAUUGAUCCUCGCUAUUAAGAAUCAUGUUCCAACAAGAGGUGGCACUAUUCGAGGGCGACCUGCUUCUCUUCAUCAAGUUGAGUUUGGUGAACAAGCUACUGGUUCCUUCUUGGAACACUGGAAGUCCGCCAUCACAGCCAACAAACCAAUAGCUAAGUGGCACGUUCUUGGCUAAUAACUGUCUCAUAUUCUUUACUUUGUUAGUAUAUAUAAGGGACAAAAUAUAUUUCUGUUUAAAAUUAUUGAAUAUCGUGUAGAUGUUAGUUCAGUGUAAAAGUUUCUCAUGCUAUGCAAGGGUGAGAAAAGAUUAAAUUAGCAAUCUAUGUUUUAUCUAUCACGACUGUUUAAUUAAGCAACUGUUGGUGACAGUUAUGGGAAAGUAAGGAGAUUUUGUCAAAAACUUUCAAUAGUUAUUAAUAAAUACUAUAGUAUAAAUGUGUUUACCAUAUAUCGUGUUA